CAUUGGGACAGAAUUAGGUUGCAGUCUAUUUCUCAAAUCAUUGAGGAACAUUGUAUCAGUAAAGUGUUUGGCACAAACUCUAUAGCUGUUGAACAGCUCAAUUGGUGUUUUUUCAAGGAGAUCAUUGCGAUCGCAGGCUACUACCCACUGUUUGGAUCUACACAAAACGAAUGGGGCAAUAUUAUUUACAGCGAGUAGCGUUGAUUUUUACGAAUUAAUGGCAUACCUUUGAGGAUCUUUCGGAAAACGAAAGAAACUCCUCUUGUCGCGUCGGGACAAACCUCGGCAAUUCUUGAAGGCGCAGUAAUAACCGCCCUUUUUACUCAUCCUUAACAACAAAUAAUUUCAAGAAAGUAGCAAGUUGUGCGGACUGGGCAGCGUGUGCGAUAGUAGCUAUACAUACAUACAUAUAUAUAUAUAUAUAUAUGUAUAUAUAUAUGAAUUUCAACCCUUUAAUCUGCAGUGCAGACUGCAUAGCAGCCAGCAGGGGGUGGAUUGUGGAUACAUGUAUACAUACACAAUUUGAAAUGUAUGUACUAUAUACAUGCAAGCUGCAAGUGACGCAUGCGCUUUGAAAACCAGCUGAAAAUAUUAAUAAUAAGAUAUCGGAAAAAAUAUGCAAAUUAGCUGCGAUAAUUAAAUGCAUAUAAUACAUAUGAGCAGUGGUGUUUAACAGCUUGUCAAAUCAUGCGAAUUAUACCGUGAUUGCUGAUUGAGUCAAUAUCAUCGCCACUAUUUUAAAAAAAUGUCUUGCUCAUAUAUAAAUUAAAAAUAAAAAUGAUUGUUUCUUUCUUAUAACAAUUUUUUCAAGUGGUUUAAAAUUAAAAGGAACGCAAGAAUUGUGGUUUUAUGAUCGUCACGCUGUCUCAUACCGACGUUAGUGACAUGGUCACAUAAAUUUAGCAUUUUCCGCGUCUCUGCAGGCACUCUGGCAGCCAAGUUCUCUUUGACGGCGGUACUCGUCCAUACUGGAGAAACGUGGUUAGAUCUACCUCAGCAGCCAAAAUGUCAGGACGAAGUCAACCACGUCGUGUGCAGGAGCAGGAGCUGCGUAUUGAUUACGUUCAGUUGGAUGGCUUGGUGGUUAUGAAGAUGGUUAAACACUGUCAUGAGGAGACAACUAAUAAAAUGGAAGUGGCUCAGGGUGCCCUUCUUGGACUGAGUGUCAAUGGUCGCCUCGAGAUCACCAACUGCUUCCCAUUCUCGAAAAACGAUGAUUUUGAUGAUGAAGAGGAUUAUCAACUGAACAUGAUGCGAAGGCUGCGCAUUGUCAACAUUGACCAUUUGCAUGUUGGAUGGUAUCAAAGUGCCAAUGUUGGUAACGUUUUGAGUUUUCCAAUGUACGAGUCACAAAUUGGCUACCAAGAAUCUAUCGAAGAGUCUGUUGUUAUAAUCUAUGAUACCAAUAAAUCAGAUAGAGGAUUCUUGAUGCUUAAAGCGUACCGUCUGACUCCGGAAGCCAUCAAGUUGUACAAAGAUAAUGAAUUCACUUCUGAGGCUCUCAAGAACUUGAAAGUUGGAUAUGAAAAUUUGUUUGUUGAGUUGCCAAUCGUGGUCAAAAAUAGUCCUCUGACAAAUAUUGUUAUGUCUGAAUUAGAAGAAAUGAUUCCAGAAGAGGCAGGAACCAAGUAUUUGGAUUUGGGAACUGCAACUGUUUUGGAAACUCAACUCCGUAGCAUGAUGGAUCGUGUUGAUGAACUGAACCAGGAAGCUAUCAAAUUCAACCGUUACCAGAGCAUGGUUAUUCGUCAACAACAAGAUAAGAACAGGAUGUUGGCAAAGAGACAGCAAGAAAAUGCUGCUCGUGCUGCUAAGGAUGAGCCACCACUACCCGAAGAUGAUAUCAACAAGAGUUUGAGGCCAAUUCCAGUGCCCCAAAGGCUCAACCCUAUGAUCACUGCUGGUCAGAUCAAUACCUACAGCCAACACAUAUCCCAGUUCUGUGCUCAAAGCUUGGCUAAGUUGUAUAUUACUCAGAGUCUCCAAAAUGCAAAAGAAGCAAAAUCAUCGACUCGUUAAUUGUAAUCAGGAGUACGUUUUUUUAAUAAACAAGAAUGUCUUGACCAAUGAAACAACACCUUUCAUUAGAGUAUGCUGCUGUAAACAAGAAUCAUCCAACUUGAUAAUAAACUAUUGUAUUAAAAUCUGUUAAUUUUUAUUUUAAAUUUUAUAAUAUGCACUUGAUCAAUCAACGGUUGUAAUUUCUAAUUUACUUUUAGUAAAUCAAGUUUAUAAAAA